GCAACACUGGAAGCAAACUGAGGAACCAGGCCCUGACUUAGUCACGCGGUGCGUCUCGCUCACGCGGCUUCAAACCUCACAUCCUGCUCCAGGAAAAGCCUCGAUAAAACCUUCAUAAAAAUCUUCCUGGAUUACUCAACACACGCUCUGAAACCUCGGCACAGAAAACACAUCGCUAGUUUUAGGCAAAUGUUUGAAUGUUUUCAGUAAAAAUCUCUUCAGUUUGAAGAAACAUUCACAGAGUUGAAAGAAAUUAAUGUCAAGAUUGAGAAAGAGAUGGAGGAUCAGCUCAGACUGGUGGAUUUUACCCGGAUACCGAAGAUCAUCUUACACCGGAUAGAUCUCCAACAUUGUUCUGUGUGUAAAGACGACGGGAUUUUCAAUGACCUCAGCAACCAGGAGGGGAAGUUCACUUUAAAACAAGAGGAACCAGAACCUCUGCAGAUAAAACAGGAGCAAGAAGAACCAGAACAUCAACAGCUCAAAGAGGAAAAGAAGCAACUCUGCAUCAGUCAGGAUGAAGAGCAUCUUGUGCUGAAACAGGAGACUGAUGACAUUUUGGUGAUUCCUCUUAAUGUGCAAAUAAUCCACAAUGAAACAGAACCACAGAGGAACCAACUCAUCUCUCAUGGCUCUGCUGAGGAUGAGAACCAGGAUCAGGAAGGAAGCAAUUCUGAAGACCCAGGAAAAAAGAGAGAUGAAGAACAGAAACAAAAGGAGAAAUAUGAGAAAACCAAACUGCAGAAAGGUCAAACUGAAAGUUCAAAACAAAAAACAUACAAGAAAGCUCACCCACAACAAAAACUAUAUUCUUGUAAAAUCUGUGAUGAAGCCUUUUCUCAAAGCAGUUUGUUGACGACACACAUGACAACUCACACUGACAAGAACCCUUUCACAUGUUCAACCUGUGGAAAAAGUUUCACAUGUAGAUCAUCGUUACUUGGUCACAUGAUGAUUCACACAGGUGAGAAGCCUUUCUCUUGUGUGACCUGUGGAAAAAGCUUCCAACGUAAAAGCAAUUUAACUAGACACACGAUAAUUCAUACAGGUGUGAAGCCUUUCUUAUGUAGGACUUGUGGAAAAUGUUUCCGUUAUAAAAGCAAUUUAACUAGUCACAUCAGGACUCAUACAGGUGAGAAACCUUUCUUAUGUGGGACUUGUGGAAAAAGUUUCUAUCAAAAAAAAUAUUUAACUACUCACAACAGGAUUCAUACACAUGAGAAACCAUUCUCAUGUAGGAGUUGUGGGAAAGGUUUUGGUCAAAAAACCAGUUUAAUUAGUCACAUGAGGAUUCAUACAGGUGAGAAACCAUUCUCAUGUGGGACUUGUGGAAAAAGUUUUGGUCAUAAAAGCAGUUUAAAUGGUCACAUGAGGACGCAUACAGGUGAGAAACCAUUCUCAUGUAGGACUUGUGGAAAAUGUUUCCAUUAUAAAAGCAAUUUAACUAGUCACAUCAGGACUCAUACAGGUGAGAAACCUUUCUUAUGUGGGACCUGUGGAAAAAGUUUCCAUCAUAAUAGCAGUUUAGUCACUCACAUGUGGAUUCAUACAGAUAAGAAGAAUUUCUUAUGUGGGAGUUGUGGAAAAAAUUUCCAUCAGCAAAGCAGUUUAACUUGUCACAUGAGGAUUCAUGCAGAUGAGAAUCCUUUCUCAUGUAGGACUUGUGGAAAAAGUUUCCAUCAUAAAAGAAGUUUAACUAGACACAUGAAGACUCAUACAGGUGAGAAAUCUUUCUCAUGCAGGACUUGUGGAAAAGGUUUCUUUCAAAAAAGCAAUUUAACUAGUCAUAUGAGUAUUCAUACAGGUGAAAAGCCUUUCUGGUGUGGGAUAUGUGGAAAAGGUUUCUGUCGAAAAGACUAUUUAUCUGUUCACAUGACAACUCAUACAAGUGGUGUUUCUUAUGUGCAACCUGUGGAAAAGGCGUCCUUCUAAAUUGCCAGUUAACUUUUAACAUGGGAAAAAAUUCUUGUUUGCUGUACGCCAAAAUUCAUAAUUACUUCAAAAAUGUUCAUCUGUUAUAUUUUUCAUCCAUGGAAGUUGCCAUUUUUUCGCUUGAUGGGUUGAUGGUGCAUAAUGGUCCAUUCUGUACUGGAAUCUACGGCGUAAACACAAGAAGGCUAACUUUACCUGAGUACUUUAUCAUGUUGCAUUUGUCUGGUGUAAUUUUACAUAAUGCGACACCAUAAUCUUUGACGAAAUAAAACAGACGAAACAAAACUUCCACAGGUAGGAUGUAUUGAUAAUAAAUCUGCCGAGUAAGCAGUAUGUGACGUAGCAUCGAUGUGCGCAUUACCACAAGGUAGGACGGAUUCAUGGGUAGCACAGAUGGCUAGAACACCUGUUCAAUUUAAAAAGACGUUGCUCAUCGCUGUUUUGGCUGGACAUAGCUGGGCAGUUGGACCACUGUACAUCAUUUACCCAGAAUGCAUUGCAGCGUGAACAACACGGUGACUUUGGCGUGACAAUAUUUUUAUUAAAAUGUAUAAGAACUAAACAGCCUACAGUAUUAUUACUGUAUUGUUUCUACAUCUAAAAUGAAUAUUUCUCAAAGUUUAUUAUUACAACUAAUCAUUUAUCCUUUUAAAGAAACAAUGGAUUUGAAAGCUUUAAGAUUUAAACUCGUAAAGCUGUUGGAAUCAUUAUAUGUCUAUUCUUUGUUGUACUUUUACUUUUACUCCAUUAAUUGUGGUUACAUGAUGCAUAUUAGCUGUUACUAUAUACACUGUUAGGUUACAAUUUAAUUGCCUGUUGGGAAUUAUGUUUUUUUAAUCUAUGUAUGCUUUAGUUUUUCAUUAUUUACUCUUCAGGUUAUGAUUUUGGGGGAAAUACUGUUGAUUAUAUGAUGACAACAAAGCAGGCAGAAGGUUUGAUAAGUUAUGAUGAAACCUGAGAUGAGAUCUGCAUUACUUUAUUCUCGUUAUAUUUACUCUAAACUGAAAAUUUAUUUUAACCCAUUUGUGUUUGUUUAUGUAUCUGUAUUUGGUUGAGAAUUUGUUUAGUAUUUAUGAUGUUAGUAAAUGUAUUGGUUAUAUAAAUUACAUUUCCGUCAUAAAUGUAACUAGCAAAAACUGUUUGUUUUUUAUUUGUAAUUCUUUGUUUUUGAAGCAUUGAGAAGAUUACACAAGCUUGAUUUCACCUCAAGGUCACAGUUCCAGUCUGUGAUCAAUUACAAAAUUCCUCCUCUUUACCAUUUACAAAAACAGAACACAAAUAGGGGACAAGUGGGUAUUAUUUUGAAAAUACAUUACUUUUAUGUAUAAGGAUAUUAUACAGCCCACAGACUCUUCCAUAAUUGAAAUCUGAUACAAAUGUUUUUCAUUGUCAGGUAGAAAUUCUGUUACCCACAAUAAAGGUGGUGAAUUUAAAAGAUAUUCUUGUAUUAGAGAUAUUUUCAAUAUUUGUGUGUAUUUCUGUCCAAUAUUGUCUUAUAACUGUACAGUCCCGAAGUAUAUGCCAGUGGUUGUGUUCUGUGUUUCCACAUUGUCUCCAGGACUUCGGCUUCUCCUGGUUCAACACAUUUUUUGUUUUGAUGUUAUGAAAAAUAUAAUCAAGUUAAAUUCUCCAUGAAUAUAAAUUUAUACAUUUCCAAGCAGUCGAGCAAUAACCAUGCCAUUCUUCUUCUGCGGUUUUCAUUUUACUUUUCCCAUUUUGUUUUCACAUAUGAAGUUUACUGUAUUUUGUAGUCAUAGAUCCUUUAUAUAGAGCCGUGAUAUAAUAAGUUUUUAGGAUUUUGCCUGAUAUGCCAUUAGUAUUUCAUUAAGCACUGACUCCUGCUAAUAGUUUUGUGAUUAAGAUAAUGAUUUUACCUUUAGAUAUCUAUAAAAAUCCUGUUUUUCCUAGUUAUAGCUUGUUUUAUCCAUUAUUGAGAAAUGUAUUGCUAUACCUUGGGGUGACCAAUUAGGGAAUCCGGUAUCUGUUUAAUUUGGUUUAAAUUUGAGGUUAUAAGCACAACAUCUUAUAAUUAUCAGGUUAUCAUGUAGUUUAUAUUCCUGUUUAACUUCUA